GCUAGCCUGCCCUCAAAUACUCACACUUUCACUUUUUCCCUCUGCUAAAAUGGGGAUGGUGCUUCCCUAAUACUCUUCCUCAUCUUCAUCAUCAUCUUCAUCUUCUUUCUUUUGAUCUCUGAAAAUGGUGAAAGACAAUGAUCAAAUUCAAAUCCCUAAUCAGAGAGAUAAAAAGAUGUUGAUUGGUGUUGUUUGGAAUUGUGCUGCUGAGCUUAAACUUUUGUUAUCUGCCCUUCUGUUUCUGUGUUCUCUUAUAACCCUCUUCCAAUUCUUCCCUUCAUCUUUCCGAGAUCUCACUGGUUGCGCCUCCUUCCCACCGCCCUCCUCCGCCCUCCAACUACUUGUCACACCACCACCGCCACCGCCACCGGUUCAUAACAAACUCCAAGAUGUUGUUCUUCAAGGUGGUUUGAUUAAAAGGAAUUUCAAUGGCUAUGGCUCUGCCGCUUACAAUUUCAUACUCAUGUCGGCGUACAGAGGCGGUGGCAACACCUUUGCCGUCAUCGGACUUUCUUCUAAACCCUUACAUGUCUUCGCUAAGCCGACCUACCUUUGUCAAUGGGUUCCACAUAACGCCACUGAUAACCAACCCAACAUCACUGUCCCUGGUUACAAGAUCCUCCCUGACUGGGGCUACGGCCGCGUUUACACCGUCGUCGUCGUCAACUGCACCUUUCCGUCUCCUGUUGGUCAUGACGGUGGUGGCGGACAAUUGCUCGUCCACGCCUCCACCUCCGGCGGUGGCGACUCUAACUUUGACCUCACCGACACCAUUGAAGCAUUGACGGAAACUCCGGGAAGCUUAAACCCGUUGCAAUUCACAGCGCCACCCAAGUACGAUUACUUGUAUUGUGGCUCGCCGCUUUACGGCGGGCUGAGUCCGCAGAGGGUUCGUGAAUGGCUGGCUUACCACGUGAAGAUGUUCGGAGAGAAUUCCCAUUUCGUAAUACACGACGCCGGCGGUGUUCACCCGGAGGUAAUGGAGGUUUUACAGCCGUGGAUCGAAAAGGGUUACGUUACGUUACAGGACAUAAGGGAGGAGGAGAGAUUUGAUGGGUAUUAUCAUAAUCAAUUUUUGAUCGUGAAUGAUUGCUUACAUAGAUACAGAUUCAUGACCAAAUGGAUGUUCUUCUUCGACGUCGAUGAGUUCAUCUUCGUCCCAAAGAAGGACACGAUUAAAACCGUUACAGAUUCUCUGUUACAAUACACCCAGUUCACCAUUGAACAAAGAACCAUGUCUAACAAGCUUUGCUACCUCGACGACAAUGUGGGAAAAAUUUACAGGAAAUGGGGGAUUGAGAAGUUGGUGUACAGAGAUACGAAAAGAGGAAUCAGAAGAGACAGAAAAUACGCUAUCCAACCGAGGAACGUGUUUGCAACGGGGGUACACAUGUCGCAAAACGUGAAGGGAAAAACGAUACAUAAAACGGAAGGGAAGAUAAUGUAUUACCAUUACCAUGGGACGAUAUCGGAGAGGCGGGAGCCAUGUCGGCAGUUGGAGAACACAACGGAGGUGAACGUGGGGGGAACACCGUAUGUGGUGGAUACCACCAUGAGGGAGGCUGCCGGAGCAGUGAAGAGAUUUGAGCUUAGAAUGAUUGGUCCGGUUUUGCAGAAGACUCACCAAUGAUGCCCAUGCUGCUGUCUCAUUUGAUUUUGUUUUUAUAAAUAUAAUAAUCAUAAUGAUAUAAAUGAAUGCAUAUAGGAAAUAUCACACUUAUUUUUUAAUUUUAUU